CAGCUCUGCAAGUUCUCCCGCGGAAAAUCAAAAUGGCGGGUAUGUCAAUCUUGGUGAGCCGACUGGAAGAAUUUAAAUGUGAUGCUAAUGAAGCUGUCUCCAUGAAACUUGUCCGUGACCAAGCUGACUUUGAAGAUGAGGGACAAAGUUUUCACCCAGAUAUGUCCCAUCAGAUAUUUGGUGAAAGUGAGAGUAUAUUUGGUUAUAAGGACCUGCAGGUGUCCCUGUACUACAGUGCUGGCAGACUCAUUACAUAUCUGGGCAUCAAAUACAGUGAGAAAGUCUCCGCUCAGGAGUUUGAUGGGGUUAUUGCAGAUGAUAUUGAGAAGCAGAUAGCAGAACAGAUUCCCCCUGGAUACAUGACCAACUCAGACGAUUUCUUAGCAUCUCUGGACAAAGAAGUCAACUUCAAGCCAUUUGGAGAGCUAUUACAUUCAUAUAAAGUAGAGAAAGAGGGAAGAGAUAGGCAUUUUGAGAUCUACAGGGCAGACAUUAGUGUUCCCGGGUUCAGAGAAUACCACGAGAGACUUCAGACCUUCUUACUGUGGUACAUAGACGCUGCAUCCUAUAUAGAUGUAGAUGAUGAUAGAUGGGUCUUUUACUUAAUAUUUGAAAAAUACCAUUCUGUCACCCACUCUCAGCAGAUGUAUGCUAUUGCUGGGUAUAUGACAGCAUACAGUUACUAUGCAUAUCCUGCUAAUACUAGACCUAGGAUGAGCCAGGUGCUGGUGCUGCCCCCUUUCCAGAGGAUGGGUCACUGUGCCAGACUGAUCCAGACAUUUUACAAUGAUGUGGUGCCACGGCCCGAGGUAUUGGAUGUCACAGUUGAAGAUCCUUCUGAAAACUUUCAAAAAGUCCGGGAUUUUGUUGAUGCCAAAAACUGUUUAAAGCUAGACACAUUUCAGCCAGAAAGCUUAAAGGAGGGAUUCACAGACAGUAUGGCCAAGGAGGCACAAAUGAAGUUAAAAUUAAAUAAGAGGCAAGCAAGGCGAGUUUAUGAGAUACUACGAUUAAAAGCUGUUGACCCAAAAAAUGCGGAGGAAGUAAGAGGCUACAGACUUGACAUCAAGAGGAGGUUAAACAAACCUUUUGAGAAAAAUGGACGCGAUUUAGAAAAACUACAGCGAGUGUUGGAAGAGGGAGAAUACACUGCGGCAAUGAAUGCUAUCACAGGAGAACAGAAAUUCAAGAUUUUACAAGAACAGUAUGAACAGCAAGUAGAGGGAUAUAGGAGUAUAUUGGACAGACUUGCCACAUGGCAUGAAUAACACCACAUUGACACUGGAUAGAAGAGUAUAUUGGACAGAUUUGCCACAUGACAUGAAUAACAUUAUAUCCACAGUAACUGUUUUGGAAUUUCUGACAAAUUUUGUGGCAGCAAGGCUAGGUUUCCAUCAGGUUUUAAACCAGGGAAUCAAUAAAAACAUCUAACUGAAAUUACUGGGAUUCUUUUCCAGGUGACUGUGUCAAUGGUCACAAGGAGGUGCUCCAGCAACAGAGACCUUAAGUCUCCUGACCAUGUAAAACACACCGUUGAGGUGAUUCCAAGGGUUCGAUUUCUGUCUUUUUGGAGACAUGCAGACUUUUAUUACCUUCCAGAAACUGUUGUUUGAUAUGUUAUAGUGUUAAAUUUUAGAAAAUUUUCUGAAAAUAACAUGCAGAAGUCUGUGUUAUGCAUGAAUACUUCAGCUGUAUCAGAGAUAGUGAAUUGAUAGAGAUCAUUUGAAUUCUAUUUCUGCAGUACAAUGCACUACUUUGAGGUACUGAUAAAGGUUCAAAAUGGUACCAUAUGAUGGUUGAAAUGAAUAAAUUAUUUAUUCGAGAACAACAUACUAGCAGCAGUCAAAUAAUGGAAGCUUUUG